ACCAAACAUUUCCUCAAACUUCAAGCUUCCUCAGUCUCUCAACUUUGUGUAAUCUAAGAUGAUUGAGUAUGAAUCACAUGAUUUAAUCCAAGACUUCGUGAUUUUAUUGUGGUGAUAAGCGUGUUUAGUGGUGUUUGUACUCUAUGUUGUUUUAAUUUUAUAAAGUUUAUUCUUGUCUUGAACUGAUGUCGUCUGCACUAAGGAAGGUGUCAAAACUUUACUUGAAGAGUGAAGGAUUUCUAAAUAAAUCUGUUAGUACACUUGGAAUAUCCUCGAGAAAACUAUCAAAUUCAAAUAGCAACGAAGAAUGCUACGACGUUGUUGUGGUGGGUGGAGGGAUAGUUGGAAUGGCUUCAGCGAGAGAGUUGAAACUUCGGCACCCGAACUUGACGAUAGCCGUUCUAGAGAAGGAACCUAGACUAGCUGCGCACCAAACAGGAAACAACAGUGGUGUCAUUCAUGCAGGAAUAUAUUACAAGCCAGGUUCUCUCAGAGCCAAACUAUGUGUUGAAGGGUUAAAGCUAACCUACAAAUUUUGCGAUGCAAACAACAUUCCCUACAAGAAGGUCGGCAAGUUGAUUGUAGCAACUAAUCAGCUGGAGGUGGAGAGGUUGAUGGAUUUAUACGAUAGAGGAACGCAGAAUGAAGUACCUGACAUUCGGGUGAUAGAUGGGGAUGAGAUCAAGGAUUAUGAACCUUUCUGUAAAGGGGUCAAAGCAAUACAUUCUCCCCACACUGGCAUCGUAGAUUGGGCUGAAGUCGCCAGGUUUUAUGGAAAGGAAUUCACUGAAAAAGGAGGCAAGAUCUACCUUGAUUUCAAAGUCAGUGGGUUUAAUACAGCUGCAGAAGGUAGUGGCGUUGACAAAGAUGUGUCAAGAUAUCCUGUUAGAAUUACAAGCAAUGAUAAGAGUGUGAGGGCAUCGUACGUACUGACCUGUGGAGGUCUCUAUUCUGACAUCUUGGCGUCGAUGUCCGGAGCUGACCCAGAACCCCGCAUCGUCCCUUUCAGAGGCGAGUAUCUUCUACUAAACCCAGAAAAACAGCACAUGGUUAAAGGAAACAUUUAUCCAGUCCCAGACCCAAGGUUCCCUUUCCUAGGAGUUCAUUUUACGCCCAGAAUGGACGGAUCUAUUUGGCUAGGCCCAAAUGCUCUCCUUGCAUUUAAAAGAGAAGGAUACAGGUGGGGUGAUAUUGAUGUUAAAGAGCUGUGGAUGGCUCUUAAACACCCAGGGCUGCGUAAACUGGCUGUCAAAUACAUUGGCUUUGGCAGUUCAGAAAUCAUCAAAUCUAUUUUCAUCGGGCUCCAGGCAAAGUCACUGCAGAAGUUCAUUCCUGAGAUUACAUCUGCAGAUAUCAUGAGGGGCCCAGCCGGAGUACGAGCGCAAGCAGUCGGCUCAGAUGGCUCGCUGAUCGAAGACUUUGUGUUCAGUGUGAGUGGCCGUAUUUUGCACGUGCGCAACGCCCCUAGCCCUGGUGCGACCAGCUCUCUGGCCAUAGCCAAGAUGGUAGCCGACCGUCUGCAGCAGGAGUUUAACAUGGGAGCCAGGACAUAAUACACGUCUACAGUGUACAGUUGUAGUUUGACAAGCUAGUUGUCACUUGUUACCACAAAUUCUAGCAAGAUGUGUCCUUGAAUAAAUUAAUAGGCUAAUAAUGUUUAUUCCACACAGAAGUUUGAAGUGUUGCAACUGUUCAAAGGUAACACUGCAGGAAUUUAAAUACAGUAGAACGUCGAUUAUCCGAAGCCCGGUCAUCCGAAACGUCGGUUAACCGAAAGGAAGAAAGAAGCAAAAAUCAAUAAAAUCGCGCGCCAAUCACGACUGGCCGUAGCGCUACGCCACCGCAACCCGCACGGCUGCUAAGUGGUGAAAGUCUAAAUAUAGCUCAAAGGUCUGCCCCUCCCCCUUCCCCCCAAACCCCUACUUCAUUCAGUGUUACACCCGCUCACUUCGAGGUCAUUGCACAACCCCUCCCUCCCUUCUAUUGUUUUUCAUUGCCAGUCACUAGUCAGUCGCCGGCGACUGCUUUGAGUUGACCUAUUCUGUUGUAGCAGCUAAAAAAAUAGGUUAGGACAACUACCUCUUGCUUAUUUCUACAAUGUAAAAAUAUUAAUAUUUGUAUUACUGUAGAAUCUACAGUAGUAAAUAUAUCCAGUAUUUCACGUAAACACAAGUUACAUUUUAACAAAUAUUGAUUUUUUACUAAUUUAAACCAAAAUCGACUCGAAACUGCCGAGUUAAAAAAUAAGCUCGAGUUUCAAGGCCGUACUCGACUCGAAUUUGAAAUCUCAAUUACUCGCACAUCUCUAUAAUUAAUCAAAUUUAUAUUAUUGUACAGUAUCCACGGACGCGAAAUCGGCAAAUCGCCGCCGGCCGCUAUCCCUUCACGUAAUUUCCCGUUCCCCGUAUUUUUCCCGUCAAUGACCAAUUAUCCGAAAAAUCAGUUAUCUGAACAACCCCAAUCCCCAAUUAAUUCGGAUAAUCGACGUUCUACUGUACAUUUAAAAAAAUGUAAUCUUUUAAAUUUUAUUACGUUAGGGCAUUGGCAGACGAGAGCUGGCUGUGCAGGUUGCUUUAAAAAAAAUUUAUUUUAAUUUUAAGACAAAUCUCCAAUUUAGUUUGCAAAAAGAUUUCAAAGGACAGAGUUGAGGAAAAAAACCAAAUAUAUUGAACAAACUACAUAAUAUUAAAAGAAGAGAUCAAAUAUUGUGUGUAUUUACGGUUUUCAGUGAUUGAGUUAGGUUAAGGUACCUAACCUUUAUUUAAUAACAAAUAGGCCUACAUCAAAGUUCAAAUUGAAUAUGUAAAUCAAACCGUCAAAUUUUUUUUCUCCUACAAAUAGUUUUUGCUAUACAAUAGAGUCAUGGCUACACACAAGAAAAGAAAGUGUUCAUUACAGUACAAGAUUUUCAACAUGGUAAACUUCAAAAUAGAUAGGCCUAAUAAUUAUUUUAUUUUAUUAGAUAAAGUGUAAAUGGAAGUAGGCCAUAUGGAUUACUAUGGAAAGAACUAGACACAUAUCUUAGUCUUAAUUGCUUUCUCAUUAUAAGUGGUUUAUACAAACUUAGAAUGGUCUAAAUAUAGUUUUCAUUAUUAUAUUUGAGUUACCCUUCAUUGCAAAAUAUUAUUUUCUUAAACAAUUCUCAAAAAGGUUUCCAAUACUAAGGGUAUAUUAUAUUAAGUGGUUGUAAAGA